AUCCACAGGGGCAGCAUGGUCACACGACCGGACCGCCCGGCAUUUCAAUAUGCUUUCUCCGUUGCUUGCUGCGUUUGGGUCCCUAAAUGUGCCGGGUGCAUCUUCUGGUUUAAUUCUAAAGCUCUUUGCUCUUUCUUUCCACAUUUUUUGCGUUUCGCAUCAAGGUGGCCGCCAAGCGGGUCAUCGGGGACAGGUAGGCAACUGGCUGAAAGCUGAGCCCGCUCGUACGCACGGAGAAACGGACUGCAGCUUUACCUGAAGAGUGGGAAAUGGAGAACCCGGCCAGGUAUCUCUCUUCGGUGCAGGGGACAGAUUCCGUCCCGGCGCCCCUCGGAGAGAUCAUGUGGAACAGCACUGAAACAGAGGCGACGAACGACGGGGGGAAGGAUAUGGUGGUGCGCACAGUGACGGGCUGUCUCUUGUCCCUGCUCAUCCUUUGGACUCUGUUGGGUAACAUCCUAGUGUGCUCCGCGGUGCUGCGCUUUCGGCACCUGAGGACCAAAGUCACCAACAUCUUCAUAGUCUCCCUGGCUCUGUCGGAUUUAUUCGUGGCCGUGCUGGUGAUGCCAUGGAAGGCUGUGGCAGAGGUGAUAGGGUACUGGCCCUUUGGCACUUUUUGCAACGUCUGGGUCGCUUUUGACAUCAUGUGUUCCACCGCAUCCAUCCUUAACCUUUGCAUCAUCAGCGUGGAUAGGUACUGGGCCAUCUCCAGCCCCUUUCGCUACGAGAGGAAAAUGACCCAGCGAGUCGCCUUUGUUAUGAUCAGCAUCACCUGGACGCUGUCUGUACUCAUUUCAUUCAUACCGGUCCAGCUGAACUGGCACAAAGCCACUGCUGUCGGGUUAGCCGGAGCGCACAACUAUUCCACAAAUCGGCAGCUGGAGGAAAACUGCGACUCCAGCCUGAGCAGAGAAUACGCGAUAUCCUCCUCGCUCAUAAGUUUCUAUAUUCCUGUGGCGAUCAUGAUUGUAACAUACACCAGGAUAUAUCGCAUCGCUCAGAUUCAGAUCAGAAGGAUAGCGUCUCUGGAGAGAGCGGCGGAACACGCGCAAAGCUGCAGGACCAAUAGGAUAGAAUGCCAACACCACAACACGCUGAAAACUUCAAUUAAAAGGGAAACCAAAGUGUUUAAAACUCUUUCAGUGAUCAUGGGGGUCUUCGUGUGCUGUUGGUUGCCGUUUUUUGUAUUAAACUGCAUGGUCCCGUUCUGCAACAGGCCUGCUGCGGACAGGGACGCGGGCCUGCCGUGCGUCAGCGAGACGACCUUUGACGUCUUCGUGUGGUUCGGCUGGGCCAACUCCUCCCUCAACCCCAUCAUCUACGCCUUCAACAACGAGUUCAGGAAGGCAUUUGCCAGCCUCCUAGGCUGUCGCUACUUCUGCUCUAGCACACCCGUGGAGACUGUGAACAUCAGCAACGAACUGGUCUCCUAUAACCAGGACACGAUCAUCCACAAGGAGAUCGCGAACGCGUAUGUCAACAUGAUCCCCAACGUGGUUGAAUGUAUGGAGCACGAAGAGACGUUCGACAGGAUUUCACAGUUUUCUAACAACAACGACAACGCCACAGACUCCGUUUGCGACUUGGAGGACUGCGAGGCGGACAUCAGUCUGGACAGGUUGUCACCGUUCACCCCAAACGGAUUACACUGACUUCACACGGUGCGUCACUGGGUGUGUUGAUGCUUUUCAGAGCCGGCCCAAACAUUUACAUGGCCCUGGCCAGAAUUUGAUUUACAGGCCCACUUCUGGUUGAGCUCAAUGUCCAUCAGCAACAAAAGCAGCACUAAUGUCUAUUUUAUAUUCAUGCUCGAGCAUUUUUGCAUUCUGCAUUUAUUACAAUUUUUUUAGAGUUAACUGGUCAGCCAAAACGAAGAAACAAAUAAACAAAAAUGAAUAAAUAAAUAAAUAAUUCCUUAGAGGAUAGUUAAAAUUUUUAUUUUGUAGUUAUUGUAUGUUAAUUGAAUACAGAUUACUUUUAACUGGAGGCUGGCCUAUCAGAGCUAUCAAGAGCAUCAUAGGAGAGCUCCAGUCUCAAAAUUUUCACAGAGGUUUAGGGGAACAACCAAUAUAUGAACCUUUAAACUGCCAUCAUCUUUGCAUUGAAAGUGGUUAUUAAAGUAAAAAAGCAAUAGGUAUUUAAACUGGUCAUGGUCUAUAGUGGCCCUUUAUGUGAAACGCACUGUGCUCAGCCAGUCUGGUCUGUGUAACUUCUGUGACCUGCAAAAGUACUCAUAACUAUUGAACCUUUUUACAUUUUGCCGCAUUACAGAAAUUAGUGUAUUUCAUUAAUAUUUUAUGUAAAGUCCCCUAACUAGUAUAUUGUAUCACCUAUUUGUAAUUUAAUCUCAGUAUAAAUCCAGUUUUUUUUUUUUUUUGAAGGCCUUGGAUGUUCGUUAGAAAACAUUAGUGAACAAACACCAUCAUGAAGACCAAAAAACAUAGUUGUAAAAUCAUGUAUAAAGUUGUGGAGAGGUUCAAAGCAGGGUUAGGUUAUAAAACAAUACGCCAAGCUUUGAACAUCUCGGAGUGCACUGUUGAACCCAUAAUCUGAAAAUGGAAAACAUAUGGAACAACUGCAAACCCACCAAAACAUGGCUGUCUACCUAAGUAAGAAAUCUGCAACCUGUGGCUUUGGAGUGAAAUGGGUCUUAAGCCACCCCAAAGUAGUUCUGAACCAGUUUUUUGACUUCCAGCAUAACCUUUACCCUAAACACACAACCAGAGCUACAAUGAAACGGUUUACAUGAAAGCAUAUUAUAUUUAUAUAUUACUGAGCUUGAGAUAUUUUGCUUUUCUUAAAAUAAUCUGCAAAAAUGUGUCUCUAGAUAUGCAAAGCUAUUUGAGACAUACCCCAAAAGACUUGCAUGUGUAGCUGCAGCAAAAUGUGGAUCUAUGCAGUAUUUACUCUAGUCGACUGAAUACAAAUCCACACAUCUACACAUUUUAGAUUUCAGUUUAUAAAAAAAUGAUAACCAUUCUCUACCACAUCUCUACAACCUUUUUCUACCAUAUCACACUUUGUAAUAGUCGAUCACAUAAAAAUCUCAAUAAACUACAUUGAAGUAGGUGGUUCUGAUGUGACAAAAUGUGAAAAGGUUCAAGGGGCAUUUAUACUUUUGCAAGGGACUUUAUCUUCUGAAAAGGCAAGGCAUUGUAAAUUUUUUUCACAACUCCCACAACUGUCAACUUGUCCUAUAAUCUUAGGUGCACUCUGGGCCAGCAGAGAGCUACCAAAGCAACAGCACUUCCUGCCUUGGGGCGGCUCUGAUAAGUCCACCAUCAUUUACUUUCCCAGAAGGCCCUCUCUAGAGGGGUGGGGCAUAGGAUAGGGGUUCCCUGAGCUACUGAGCACCA